ACGGCACAGCGAUGCUGAUACUGAUGCUGCUGAUGGGGACGAUGGCGGCGCCCGCGGCCGCGCUCCGUGCCUGGGCCGAGGCGGUGGCUCGGGCCGCGGCGGCGGCGCGGGCGGCCGUGGCAGCCGCGGCCCCGGCGCUGGGCUCGCUGGCCGCGCUGGCGGCGCAGGUGCGGGCGCUGCGGCGGCUGCCGAGGGGCGCCGCGCCGCUCGGCGCCUUCCCGGACCUGCGGGCGCGGCUGUGGCUGAAGCAGCGCGGCGCGGCCGAGGCGCUGCUGGAGCAGCUGGGCGAGCGGCGGGAGGAGCUCCGGGCCGUGCGGGACGCCGUGGGGGCCGCCGGCAGCGCGGUGCUGCGGCUCCUGGAGCAGCGGGGCCCGGCCGAGCCGCGGCUGGCGGCGGUUCUGCGGCGCGGUCCGCGCUGCCCCUCGCUGGCCGACGUGUUGGAGGGGCUGCAGGACGUGGAACGCUUCUACCGGCACCUGUACUUGGAGAUUAAACUGCUCCUGCAGCGUCUCAGCUUGGACAGCCUGGCAGAUGUGGAAGCCCUCCCGCAGUCCUGGGAGAGGAUUUUGGAGCGUUACAAGGACGACGUUGUUCAAGGUAAUACACUCCUGAAGGUCUCGCUGUUUGUGGAGAACCAUCACGAGGUGAGCUGCUCACCUGGCUCCUGACAGGCAACAGGGACUGGCACCCACCAGCUUCUGGCAUGUUCUGCGAUGCUGCAAAGGGGAUGAGGAGUUGAGUGAGCUCUCCCGCUGCUUUUUGGAAGCUGAAUGAGUUGAGUCUUGCCCUCGGCAUGAAAUGCUUGAACUGUACCAUUUUCAAGUGGAAAUGGCCAUGGUCUCUGAAGAAGAGGCUGAGCUGAAAAAGCCCUGAGGAUAGAAGGGAGUCACCCCCAGCUGUGGAACUUGUCCUUUCCCUCUUCUGACAUGCACGUCUUGUGUCAUCAUAAAAACUUUGAUACUUACGUACAUGAGGUGCUGCAGAUGUGUGAGUGUAAUAGAGUCCUUCAGGCUGGUGCCGUGGAAGAUAUUUGGGCUCUGUCCUUACAAAUAAAGAAAACAUGUCAGAUUGGG